AUGGCGCCGGCGAAGCGCAAGCGACCCCACGACGAGCCCGAACCCCCGAUCCCCGCCGCCGCCGCCAGCGCACCCGCCGAUCCGACGACGCGUCGCGCAACGCGUCAAACUCCGAUUCUACCCCCUCCGAUCCCGACCUCCGCCACCGCCUCGCACCCGCAACCCUUGCACUCCUCCGCUGCCGCCGCCGCCGCCGAGGACAAGCGGACCAGCGGACGUCGUCCUUCGAAUUCCAAGCCACAUCCACCGUCCAAGAUCUCCGAGACGCCCAUACCCAUACCCGUGCCGCCCACGUCUUCGUUGUCGGCGGCGUCGCACUUAUCGCAGCAGCCGCCGCCUGCACCACGGCCGGCCGGUCAGCUCUCAACUCAUACGCCGCAAGAACCCCGUGUGACUCGUCAACGACGCGAGAGCGCAACUGAGUCACCCAAGAUGGCGUUCAAAGACGCAAAGGAAAACGUCAGGCCCGUGACGCUGGUCGCGCCAAAGAUUACGUAUCAGGCACCGCAGACACAAGCACACCGGACCGGCAGCCUCGUCCGUCCCAGCCCUCCCACAAGCCAACCGCCCAUUACCCAUCACUUCCGACCAGUAACGACACGACCCUACCACACGAUUCCCGCCACCGUUACCGCCGUCCCCGUCCCGGUACAUCCAACACCGACCCCCUCUAAACCAGCAGCCCCGCCUCCGAGGACAGAUAAGUCCGCUCCGCGGACCGAUCGGAAUAUCGACAAGGUGAUGCUGGGCAACAUUUGCUUCCGGGCGUGGUACCCAUCCUACUACGGCAAAGAAGUCCUCGGCGAGGCAGCGGGCGCAAAGAGCGGCGGCGGGAGCAAGAACCCGCUAGCUCACGACAGCGUGGCUGGCGCGAACAACAACGGCGCAGGCGCAGGCGCAAAGAAUCAGCACCGCAAGGGCGGCGACGCUCCCAUGCUCGACCGGUUAUACGUGUGCCCCAUGUGCUUCAAAUAUUCCAAGGAGCUGGUGGCGUGGUGGGGCCACGUCCGUAUGUGUGAGCGCGCCGGGGUGGUGCCGGGAAGAAAGGUCUAUCGUCACCCGCGGGGCCGCAGGCUGUUGCGCAAGGAGAUUGCGAGGACGACGGGGAAGAAGACGAAUGUCGCGCCUAAAUACACGGAGGAGUAUGUCACGGAUGAGGGGGAGUGGAGCGUAUGGGAAGUUGAUGGCGAGCAGGAUGUGCUCUUUUGCCAAAAUCUCUCCCUGUUCGCCAAGCUCUUCCUCGACAACAAGUCCGUCUUCUUCGACGUCCGCGGCUUCAACUACUUCCUCCUAGUGUACACUCCUCCUCCCCCAAAGCCAACUUCAAACCCCCAGGACCCAACGCCGCCGCAGCCGCCGCCAUCACCACCGCCGCGUCCGCACAUCAUCGGCUUCUUCUCCAAGGAAAAAAUGUCCUGGGAUAACAACAAUCUGGCGUGCAUCCUCGUCUUCCCGCCGUGGCAGAAAAAGGGCCUAGGCGCGCUGCUGAUGGGCGUGUCGUACGAGAUCUCGCGGCGCGAGGGCGUGCUGGGCGGGCCGGAGAAGCCCAUUUCGGAGCUGGGUCGGAAGGGGUAUAAGCGCUUUUGGGGUGGCGAGGUCGCGCGGUGGCUCCUGGGUUGUCCGACCCACAGUGGCAGAGCCGGCGGGGGUGACGCUGAUGCGGCGUUGCUGGUUGACCUUGAGGACUGUAGCCAGGCGACGUGGAUCGCGUUGGAUGAUUGCCUGGCGACGUUGCGAGAGAUGGGUGUUGUUGUGGAGGCCGGCAAGGGACCCGGGAAGCCCCCUUCCAAGAAGAAGAAGAGGAGAAGGAGGAGGGUGAGCGACGGGGCCGGCGAGGCGGAGGAUGCGGCGGAGGAGGGCGAGGAUGUCGAGAUGGAGGAGGCGGAUCCUGAGCCGCGGCCUGAUGUUCCGAGGGUCAGAGUCGAUAAGGCGGCUGUUUGGGCGUGGGUUGCUGCUAAUGGCAUCAGUCUUGAGAGGGUAUGUGAUCCGGAUGGGUUUGUGGAGGGGUAUGCUAUCAAAGAGCCGGAUGUUGAGGAAGAUGACGACUAG